CAUCAAUCCUCCGAACCCGUGGCCGCACUACACCCGCCCGUGGAAAUAAGCACUCACCACAUCCGCCGACAAUUUUCACUCCACCACCGCAACACCAUCAACCCCAGCUGUCAUCCACCACUCUCCUCUGCCAAACACUCAAUCCCACGCAAAAGCAGACAGACAGACAUGUUCGACCUCCCCAGCGCAAAGCGCGUCCGUCGCGAAGAACUCCUAUCCCGAACAUCCACCUCCCCCUCCCCCUCUCCACCCCCAGAAUCCUCCCUCACAGACGUCCACCAACGUCUCGGCGCCCUCCUAGACAUCGACGCCCUCCUCGCGCCACAACCCGACCCAUCUCCGCAACCAACGACCGAAGCCAACCCCGACGAAGACGAAGAACAAGAGUUCGAGUUCCGACUGUUCAGCGCCCCCACAAAAUCCGACUCUAAAAAGGAAGAGCAAGCAGCUGUCGAGUCCAGCACAACUCAAGCCCAGAAAUUACGCAUCCGGGUACGCUCACCCACGCCCGGCGCCGUGGGAGUGGAAGAUGGACGCUUUGUGAAUCCGUUUCGCGGAUGGGGGUACUAUUUCUCUGCGCCGGGGGCGAUGGCUGGGGUUAAGGAGGAUGAGUUACGGCUGGAAGAGGAGAGGUUGAGGGAGAAGAGGAGACAGUUUGAGGACGUGGCUGUUUCGGGGUUGCAGGUGGUGGGGUUUGCUGGUGUGGAGUGGCCUGGGUGUCAUCUCCCGUGGAGGGUUGUUACGCUGAAGAGUGAGAAGAAGGGUAAGGGUGCGGCGGUGACGUGCGAGAAGGACCCUGCGGAGAGGGCGCCGACGUCUUUGAAGAAGCCGGGCAAGAAGCGGCGGAUUCAGUUGCGGAAGCGGGUCUCCGCUGCGGACGAGAGAAAGAAGAAAGAGGAGGAGAAGAAGUUGUUGGAGGCGGAGAAGCGGAACCGGAAGAAUCGCGAGAAGAAGAUCAAGCGGAGGCAGAAGGCGAGAGAGGAGAAGGCUGCUAAGGCCGCCGCUGCUGCUGCGGCUGGUGGUGGUGAGGCUCCGGCUGGUCAGAUGGAUGUGGAUGUGUCUUCGGAUGAGGGCAGCGAUUGACGGGAUUGGUUAUUUUAUUGAGUAUCUUCUUGAUUUUACUACAGAAUACACUGCGAGAGAUUGAAAUACUUGCUUC